GCCGCUCAGCCAUGCUGGGACCAAAGCAGCCCCAGGUAGUGCCCACGGCGCUGAUGCUCCUGGCCCUGGGGGCUGGGUGGGCCCAGGAGGGCACAGAGCCCGUCCUUCUGGAGGGUGAGUGCCUGGUGGUCUGUGAGCCUGGACGAGCUGUGGCGGGGGGGCCAGGAGGGGCAGCCCUGGGAGAGGCACCCCCCGGAAGAGUAGCAUUUGCCGCGGUCCGAAGCCACCACCAUGAGCCGGCAGGGGAUGCUGGCAACGGCACCAUCGGGGCCAUCUACUUCGACCAGGUCCUGGUGAAUGAGGGCGGCGCCUUUGACCGGACCUCAGGCUCCUUCGUGGCCCCUGUCCGGGGCGUCUACAGCUUCCGUUUCCACGUGGUGAAGGUGUACAACCGCCAGACUGUCCAGGUGAGCCUGAUGCUGAACACCUGGCCCGUCAUCUCAGCCUUCGCCAACGACCCCGAUGUGACCCGGGAGGCAGCUACCAGCUCUGUCCUCCUGCCCUUGGACCCCGGGGAUCGAGUGUCCCUGCGCCUUCGGCGGGGAAAUCUUCUGGGGGGCUGGAAAUACUCCAGCUUCUCUGGCUUCCUCAUCUUCCCCCUCUGAAGGCUCUGGCCAAUCGAGGACAGAACUCAA